UGUGCUGUAUCGAACCAGGAGUCUUUGACAACUUGCAGGAGCUGCGGGAAAUCUCUAUACAGAAGUCCAUAUUGCUCCAAUCAGUUCCACCGGGAGUCUUAAGGGGUCUUCCUAAACUGAGCGUAUUGCGCAUCACACACUCCGGACUACGGGAAGUUCCGUACAUGCACGACUUGAACCCCUCCUCGUACAUCGGAAUGCUAGACUUCGACAGCAACCGUAUCGCUGAGCUUACAGCACAUUCCAUCAAGGUCAAGGCAGGAACACUGAUCCUCAAUCACAACACCAUUGCGGCCAUUCGUGCAGCGGCAUUUGACGGCUCCAAGAUUGCUGAAGUGAGACUGCGCGGAAAUCGAGAGUUGGCGGUGGUUGAAGACGAUGCCUUCUACGGACUCUCAAACCUCAGUCAUCUAGACCUUUCCGAGACGAGCCUUACGAAACUACCCACCCGUGGACUGGAGUCCCUAGAAGUGCUCGAGCUCCGCGACGCUCCAGCACUGCGCGAGUUCCCCUCUGUCUACCACUUCCGGUUUAUAAGGGUGGCUCACCUCACCUACCCUUACCACUGCUGUGCCUUCCAGUUCCCGGAAACCCACGACCCGGAGGAGCAUAGCAGGUUCCAGAAGCACUGCAACUCAGAUGACCAGGCGUCGAUGAACCGACACCAGAAGCGGCCACCUGUGGUCGGCGAGGAGCACGACUUCCAACUACUUGAGCGCUUCUUUGUGGUCCAGCUGAGCACCAAGCAGACCACAACGCCGCCGACCAGAAGGUUCGUUCGCCAUGUGUUCAGCGAAUUCGGCACAAUACAUGAGGCUCCGAAACAGCGAGUGCAGAACACUUCGUCCAGCCCGUGGAACAUCUUCCACUCUCGAGGCAUGGAGGGAACCUUCCACCCUGAAGUGCGGCUGCAAGAAGAGCAAUGGGUGACGUGCGGCAAGCUAGCCAGCCGGCGGGUGCAGUGUCUUCCGGCGCCGGACGCGUUCAACCCUUGCGAGGACGUUAUGGGCACCAUGGUGCUGCGCGUAGCGGUAUGGUUCGUGGUUGUAGCCGCGGUGUUCGGAAACCUGGCCGUGCUUCUGGUGCUGCUCAGCGGUCGUCUGACUGUGUCCAAGUUCCUGAUGUGCAACCUAGCCUUCGCCGACCUCUGCAUGGGCGCCUACCUGCUGGUCAUCGCCUCCGAAGACCUGUACACGCGCGGCCGGUACUUCAGCCACGCCAUCCUGUGGCAGCACGGUGCCGGCUGCAAAGUGGCGGGAUUCCUGACUGUGUUCGCGUCCGAGCUUUCAAUCUACACACUCACGGUGAUCACCCUCGAGCGCUGGUACGCCAUCACGUACGCCGUGCAUCUGAACAGGAGGCUACGACUGCGCACCGCCGCGCGUAUCAUGGCAUGCGGCUGGGCCUACGCGCUGCUGGCGGCCUCCCUGCCACUCCUCGGCAUCAGCAGCUACAGCAAGACGUCCAUAUGCCUGCCCAUGGAGAACAGCACGGUUGCUGACCUGCUCUACCUUCUCACCCUGCUGUCGAUGAACGGCCUCGCCUUCCUGCUCAUAUGCGCCUGCUACGCCAAGAUGUACUUGGCCAUAUCGGGUCAGCGACCGCGUUCCCACUGCGGCAACAAGGACACGUCGGUGGCCAAGCGCAUGGCCAUGCUCGUAUUCACUGAUUUCGCCUGCUGGGCGCCCAUCGCUUUCUUCGGGCUAACCGCAGUGGCCGGCUACCCGCUCAUCGAUGUGCCAAAGUCCAAGAUCCUGCUUGUCUUCUUCUACCCCCUCAACUCGUGCGCCAACCCGUUCCUCUACGCCAUCCUGACCAAGCAGUACCGGCGCGACCUGUCGGCGCUACUGUCCACGCGGGGCGUUUGCACGCGCCGCAUGCUCAAGUACACCUCGUCCUGGCAUACGACGCCCACCAAUCGCCUGCUGCGCAACAAGGACAACAGCAGCACGUCGCGCCAGACCACCGAGCUGUCGAACCGCACACAGAAGGGCUCACCACACCCAAUCAAAAACAACUUCACCAAGCUGGGCCUGCACGAGGAGUUCCUGAGACGCCAGAGCCUGCUGUGCGAGCACCUCGAUACUCCCAUUUGACUCCGAGCGACAGCAGCUCCCGCGCACUCAUCACGCCGCCGCCACCGGGCCACGGACCACCGGCCAGAACUUCUCGGCAAGGUGCCGUCUUGUUUCACGGUGGACUCGUUCUUCGAGGCGCCGAGUGCCGACAGCGAAAGUACGGGAGCCACGUGCACACGAGCCUCGUCGAGAGCUUGGCAUAGAACGAUGUAAACGAUGAAUGCGGCCGCACUAAUUGCGUUUGCUUCGGGGCAGAAGCAUCUGCCAAAGAAAGCAAAAGUAAUUUGCUUCAAAGCAUCCUUUCAGCUGUUCCGACACUGUGCGAAUUAGCGCAGGCUGGUAUAGUUCACAGCUGCCAUGAAGCAAAGACAACUCAUUUCUUUCUCAUCGUCAGCACACUGAGGUUUAUCAAUAUUCAUGGGUAUAUGAAUUUUGUUCGAGAGUACCGAAGCUUUGGCUGUCAUUGCUUGCAUGUGCAAGAUCGCUGGUUGAACGUGAUGUGCUCAUACGUGACAGUGUUUUUUAGAGCGCAGCUCUUAGGUGCCCGUUCCUGCGGCGAGCGUCGGCGUCGGCGGCGUAACUGAGCGAACGAGCACAGCGAAAGGUGAAAGAGCGAACGCGGAGCGGGAGAUGAAGGAUGCGAGCCAUGAACGCCAGAGACCAAUCAGAGUGGCCCCCUUCAGUGACGUGCGCGUGGGAAACUGGUGUCAUGCGGAGCCGCCCGACCGUUCGAUGCGUAAUCGUAUCUGGCCUCAGCCGGACCGCUCAUUUCAUGUUAUCGUCUGCUUGCGUCAGCUCUCGCUCGCGUCAGCUCUUACUCGCGCUUCUUUGGUUUGCGUGGUUUGGUCUCGUUCGCGCUCGUUUCAGUUGCCACGGUUUGCGAUUGUUUUGUAAUCUGAUUGUAUGCGUGACACGAAUUGCGCCACG